UUGGCCAGUACGCAGGCGCAGCAAGUGGUGCGUGAGAACGAACGCAGACACAGGCAGCUAGCUGGCAACACUGGCUACAUAUCUGUCCUGUGGAUGGUCGAGAUGGCAUUUGAAGAAAGACUGAUUGCUGCUGUUUCGGAUUACCCAGAGUUGUAUAACUCCUCUCUGCAUUGUUACAAGGAUACCGACAGAAAGGCAAAAGCAUGGAGGGCUGUGAGUUUGCAAGUAGAAAUGCCAGAGGAGGACUGUCGUAGAAAAUGGAAAAGCUUGAGGGACAUGUUUAUCAAAGACAAGCGCUCCGAGCAGCGACGACGGGCGGCAGGAAGCACGCACCACAGCUGGAAGUUCAGUUGGCAUAUGGCCUUUCUCACCCCCUUCAUCCAGUCGAAAGCUGGUCAUCCGUCCCUUACCGGUCUCGACGACCCGGACGAGGAGCGGGACGAUGAGGACGGGGAAGGCAGGGCGGCGGACGGCAACGCCUCCUUUGUCAUACAGCAGGUCGAAGGGGAGCACAGUGGACAUGACGGGCCCUCUCACUCCCACUCUCAUACUCAGUACGGAACCGGAGGUUCGCGUAACCCCAGGAAAAGGAGAUGGCAGGUGGACACGCCAGAUCAUUUGGAAGAUGAGCUGUUUCUGUUCAGCUUGCUCCCCUAUCUCAGGCGGCUGACAUACUCCAAGAAAAGUGCUGUCAAACUGAAGAUACACCAAAUACUUUAUGAUGCAGAGUUCGAGUAGAAUUUAUCUUUUCCCCACCCCUCCUCACCUAGUUUUUAUACUAAGAAAAAAAUACUCUUUUUUUCCCUCCCAUUGUUUAACUGUGUCAGUACGUGAAAUCAUGACAACAGUUGCACAACAGAUGUGCUGUGAAGCUUUGUCUAAAUAAACCCAGGCACCACAUCUGACUAAUUUAGUACUUGGGUGUUUUUUGUUGUUGUAGGCUACUAUAAGUAGCUCUUGGCACCAAAUUUAACGAUGUUCAAAUUUUGUGUUAUUGUGUCACCAGUCUGUGAUCCGUUCAGAUUAGACAAAAAUAAUACUUUGUCUCUUGGGAUUUGUUUUCUGUGAGUUACUUGAAUAUGCGCUAUGCAAGACAUGACACAGGGACAAAUCAGUUUCAUACAGGACAUGCUCUGUUUAAAACAUGUGGUGUUAAACGUGAAACAGUCAAACAGCAGUUUCGCUUCUAUGGACUGGGACUUUUCUAUGGUAACAUGUAGGUAGUGAUGGUAAUUGACAUAAAUAGUUAACAUAAAUGGUAUUAGAUUGUUUCGGUGGCCUCAGAAUUGUUAAUGGUUAUUGUCACUUUUGAAAAUGUUAAUUGUAUGUUUCGUUAUUGACUAGGAUUUCCCCCUUUUUUAAUGUCACUGUAUUUGUAAUUGGGCAUACCGACGUAUCCUAAGAAACAUGUACAAGAGAGAAACUACCUAUCAUGAGCUUUUAUUAUUAUUAUUAUUAUUAUUAUUAUUAUUUGUAUAAUUAAGACUUACUCAAGCAUGCUUGUUUUAAAGAGAAAGUGGAAGCAGUAUGGUUGUCAUUGGUAUUGAAUCUUUUGUUUAUUAUAAGCAUACCCAUUUAUGACCAUU